CUCUGCAGUCCCCCAACCUUCUUCUAUCCUUUCCCUCUUAUUUCUUUGUGUCUCUCGUCUUUCCUUUGCAACCCAUCUUUCUGUACUUUUCUCCAACAAAACUUGAAAAUGUCAGAAGGAUCAAGUCUUCUUCCAUUGAUGCUCUUUCUUCCUUUUCUGCUUGUCGGUAUGAGAGAAGGGGUUCACUGCUUUGAAGAGGUGAAUGUGGUCAAUCUGAAGAAGUUUCAAUGGAGAGACGUAAACCAUGUCUCAAGCUGUCAGCCUCAGAAAUCAAGAAAAGAGAAGGGAGUGACAAUGUUGGAGAUGAAGCACCGGGAUUACUGCUCCGGACUGGUCAAAGACUGGAACAAGAAACUUCAGAAGCACUUAAUUUCCGAUGACCUGCGGGUUCAGUCACUCCAAUCACAAAUCAAAAGAGCAGAUUCUGGCAGGACUGAAGGUUUUUCCGAAGCUCAACUCCCUCUGACCUCUGGCAUAAAACUUCAGACUCUAAACUACAUAGUUACUGUGGAAUUGGGGGGUAAGAACAUGACAGUGAUCGUCGACACUGGAAGUGAUCUCACAUGGGUCCAGUGUGACCCCUGCAAAUCAUGCUAUGGCCAACAAGACCCACUCUUCAAGCCUUCUAUUUCCCCUUCGUAUCAGUCGGUUUUGUGUAACACAUCCACUUGCCAAACUUUGCAAUUAGCUACUGGCAAUUCGGGAGUAUGCGGAACUGAUCAACGAACCUGCAACUAUUUUGUUAGGUAUGGAGACGGGUCCUACACUCGAGGUGAGCUAGGACGAGAGCGACUUGAUCUUGGUGGCACUGUCAUGGAAGGUUUUGUCUUCGGCUGUGGUCGGAACAACAAAGGUCUCUUUGGGGGAGCUUCUGGUCUCAUGGGCUUGGGCAGGACUAAGCUCUCCUUGGUUUCUCAAACUUUCAGUAAGUUUGGUGGAGUUUUCUCCUACUGUUUACCUUCAUCAGAAGCUGAUGCUUCUGGUUCAUUAACUCUGGGUGGAGAUUCUUCUGUUUAUAAGAAUUCUACACCCAUUUCUUAUACCAGAAUGAUUUCACAUCCACAGCUCUUGAGCUUCUAUUUUCUCAAUCUCACCGGUAUUAGUAUUGGCGGGGUGGCUUUGGAAGCUCCAGGUUUUGCACAAGGUAGAAUUCUCAUUGAUUCUGGAACUGUUAUUACAAGACUAAAGCCAUCAGUUUACGGGGCUCUGAGAUCUGAGUUCCUGAAACAGUUCUCAGGAUUCCCUCCAGCUCCAGGUUUUUCCAUCUUGAAUACAUGCUUUAACCUCAGUGAGUAUGAAGAAGUGAACAUUCCCACAAUAAAAAUGCAUUUUGAGGGUGAUGUUCAGGUGAAUGUAGAUGUUUCAGGGAUCUUUUAUUUUGUUAAGAGUGAUGCUUCUCAAGUCUGCUUGGCUGUGGCUAGCCUUGCUUAUGAAGAUCAGGUUGGGAUUAUUGGGAAUUUUCAGCAGAAAAAUCUGAGGAUUGUUUAUGAUAGUAAGCAAACAAGGUUGGGAUUUGCAGAAGAGAUUUGCAAUUUUACUUAAAUAGAUAACCGACAGGAAUGGAAUUAUAAUUGUGAAUAUAUUUACCCUGAGGCAAAAGCCAGUAUAUAGCCUUGAAAUCAUUAAGUGCCAGCUUCUUCAUAUUAUUUUAAAUUAUCAUGGAGGAGCUUAUAAUGAAUUGUUGGUUCAUAUUGUUGUUAAUUUUUGUGGAGAGAACUGCAGUUCAUUGUA